AUGGACGUUGAUUCCCGCCCCUCCAAGCGACGAAGGGUGUCUGACCCAGACCCCGAAUCGAAACCAGGCACAGAAGAAACCCCAAGUCCAACCCGGACUCGAAAACCGCGCAAGAAUACCAAGUCCACCGCUGAAUCGGAGGGUGCUGUGAAUGCAGGUACAGACGCAGCUGAUAAGAAAGAAGAUGCGGCGCCAGCACAGUCGACGCGACGAAGUGCGCGGAUAGCAGUGACGGGCAAUUCAGUCGUGAGCACCAGCGCCGGCCCACCGAGACCGAGAGUGGUUGAAGGCGAGGAUAUACAGACUAGUUCGCGGUCGAAUAAUAAAAGAGGCAGAAAGGCAAAUACGAGCACGGCCGGGACGUCUUCAGGAAAGAAAUUGGUGCGGAAAUCAAGCAAAUCAACGACUACAACUACAGCCAGGCGAAGGAAAAAGAAGGAGGAAGAGGAGAAAGCGGAGGAAGUGGAGGAAGGGGGAAAUGGUCAAUUGAGUGAGAAGAAGAAGAAAGAGGGCGUCAAUGGUACCCGCGACGUGUGGGAAGUUCCGUGUGAUCGUGAGGAUGAGGACGAGCUGGCUAUAGCGCAGUUAGUAGCGAGCAACGAAGCAGCAAUGCAGCUUCAGACGGAGCUUGUUGAGCAGGUCGAAGUGCCUCCCGAGACGGUCAAUGGAACCGCAUAUGCCGAGAAGUUCGUAUCUCUAUGCGAAGAGCACGGUCUCGAACCGAUGGUGGCACCCUUAGGCGAAUUCAUACUGGAUAAGCUGAACGGCAAACGCUUGAUACCACUCAAGGGACUGGACAAUGAAUACCAGACCGUGUUCCAGCUACUUGAACAGACCGUGGUGGCAGGCGAGGGGAACUCUCUGCUGCUGCUCGGGGCCAGGGGAAGCGGGAAGACAGCCGUGGUGGACACUGCGCUGGCGGCUUUAUCGAAAACCAACCCAGACGACUUCCACAUCGUCCGACUGAACGGGUUCCUACACACGGACGACAAGAUUGCUCUGCGGGAGAUAUGGCAGCAGCUAGGCCGCGAGAUAGAUCCACAGGAGGACCUAGAGAAGCCAUCGAGCUACGCUGAUACCAUGGCCUCGCUGCUUGCACUGCUAUCCCAUCCGGAAGAAAUAACCGGUCCGUCGCUUGACGAGAAUGCAAUCACGACCACGAAGUCGGUGAUUAUUGUACUGGACGAGUUUGAUUUGUUUUCGUACCAUCCGCGACAAACUCUGCUGUAUAAUCUGUUUGAUAUCGCCCAAGCGAAGAAGGCCCCUGUUGCUGUAUUGGGGCUCACUACCAAGGUGGAGGUUACGGAGAACCUUGAGAAGCGAGUGAAGAGCAGGUUCAGCCAUCGACAUGUGUUUCUGCCUCGGCCUAGGAGCUUUGUUGAGUUUGUGGAUAUCUGCAUGGCUUCGCUGAAGGUUGAGGUUGAAGAAGGGCUGGAUUCUCCGUUGGAAGGCGAGAAGGGGCCGAUUCUCCUCGACGGGUGGAACAGUUACGUGCAGGGCCUAUUUGACGAUGCGGACUUUGCUCCUCAUCUGGAGCAGAUAUACUAUCGAACCAAGAGCGUGCAGGAUUUCUUCUCCAGCGCGCUGGUACCGAUAGCGUCGAUGGCAUUCAGCACCGUAUCAGGGAGCCAGAAACCCGAGCUGCCGGGCAUCCAGUCCUUUGCAUCAAACACGUUGGGCUGUCCGGACCCGGCACCGCUUCCAUUCACCCAGCUUUCCGGUUCGACGAGCAACGUCUCGUUACCCUUGUCCCUCCUGCUGACGGCAACACGGCUAACGGCCCUGCAUGAAUCGGCAGCGACGGCAGCAGCCUCGCUAACAUUAUCCUUCGCAGCCGUCUACACCGAGUACGUGCGCCUACUCACCUCUGCCAAGGCAUCGGCAUCCGCGUCUGGCGCAGCGGCGACGCCGGGGCGGGUAUGGGGUAAGGAGUCCGCCAAAGAAGCGUGGGAGAAGCUGGUUGAAUGGGGCCUUGUGAUGCCCGCAAACGGCUAUGGGAUGGGAGACGGGAAAAUGUUCCGGGUCGAAGUCUCGUUUGAAGAGGCCGUCGCAGCUCUAGGCUCUACCGGGGCCGGGGCAUUGGGCAGGUGGUGGAGAGACGGGUAA